AUGGAUGACACUGAAGUUUUUAAGAAUUCCUUGGUUUUGGAAGUGUUUGAGUUGCAUCAUAAUUUGGAUAACCCUGCAGCAGCUGCAAAUAUGAUGGGGCUGCCGGAUGGGGAAACAUUGGACAAUGAGUUGGAGGUUGUUGAGGGAAUGAAGCUAGACAGGGGUUACAUAUCCCCUUAUUUCAUCACCAACCAGAACAAUCAGAAAUGUGUAAGUUUUAGUUUGACUCAGCGAUAA